AUGGAUGGAACACAUGCAGUCCCCUGUAGCACUGCAGAGGUAUCAGAAAGUAAUAGUGUAAUUGAUAGUAGUGACAUUAACGGAACUGAAUGGGAUGUUUUAGAUAGGUUGGAAAUGAUGCAACCUGUGACAAGUGAGUCUGAAACUGAUGAGGAUGACCUAUUUUCCAUUGGUGAAGAGUUAAAAAUUUGGGCCAAUAAAUUUGAAAUAAAACAGAAUGCUCUUGAUGACCUUUUAAAAAUAUUAAGAGGCAAAGGUUUUGAAGAUGUGUUACCAACAUGUGCAAGGACAUUACUAAAAACGCCUCGAACAGUGUUUAAUCUCAAGAUGCCUCAUGUUGUGGUGAUUUUUGAUGAUGAAAGUGAGGUUGAAAGUGUGCCAAGUUCAUGGGUUGUCAAAGAAAAUGAUCAGGAGAGAUGCUACUGGCCGCUAAAAAAUCAGAAGAGAAAAAUCAUAAGGGAAGAAAUUCCAGACAAGAAAGUAUGGGACCUUUUUGAUUGUCGGAUAGUUGGUAAAUCAGAAUACAAAGAUUAUUCAGAUUCAGUGGUAGCAAUGAAAAAGGCUGAAGUUACAUCUAAUUUGGAGUCAUCCAAUGAAGAUUCUGAAAAAAGGAGCAGAAAAAGGCCACAUAGAUAUGCAGCCAAAGCAGAGGAAUCAAGUGAGGAUGACAAAAUGUUUGUGCAAGAAAAACAGCCAAAGUUGGUGCAGAAAAAAGAUGAGAAAAUUAACAGCCAGGAGAAGAUUCCGAAGACACCACUUUACAAAAAUGGAGAAAAAAGUGGAGAACCAAAGACAUCUAUUAAAGAACAGUUGACAGCUCAAGGAGAUCAGCAAAACUCCAAUUUAGAAAGGCAACUGCCCUCCACUUCAAGUGGUGAAGGACAAAGAUCCUCUACUUCCAGUGGUCAAACACAAAUACAGUCUACCUCCAGUGGUGAAGGAAAAAGGCCCUCUACCUCAAGUGGUGAAGGACAAGGGUCCUCUUCCUCCAGUGGUCUAUUACAAAUGCCCUCAACCUCCAGUGGUGAAGGAAAAAGACCCUCUACUUCCAGUAUUGAAAGGACACCAGACAUGGAAAACCAUGAAGAUUUACCUGUUAUAGAUCGACCUUCAAGUCGCUUGUCACACGGAGACUCUGCAGUGAUGAAGCAAAUGCAGAAAGAUGUAACUGACAUUAAGAAGGCCGUUACAACAAUUCUAAAUACUCUCAUUGUUCAAGAGGAGGUGGUUGUAGAGUCUGUAGAGGACUUUAUUCCUGAGAAAAUAAAAAAUCAAGAAAUGAUGGACCAACUGAAUGAACAAUUAGAAUCUGAUGAGGAGUUCAGGAAAAAAACUGAAUGUAUAACUUAA